AGACAGGGACCUGGCCCCGCCCCUUACCCGCUGACGUCACCUCACCGCGCCGCGCUGUCUAUAGACGUCACUAGUUAGUGAUGGCGGAAGCGGGAGCGGAGCAGGAAGCGGCCGGACCGGAGCUCGAAUGUCCUCUGAUGUGACUCCCACCCUCAGCCGAUGCUGACCCCAGAGCCCUGACCCCUCCCCGGAGACUCCGCCCACCUUCCACCGCCAUGUUGUUCUCCUUGCGGGAGCUGGUCCAGUGGUUGGGCUUCGCCCAGUUUGAGAUCUUCAUCCACAUCUCGGCCCUGCUGGUCUUCACCGUCCUCCUGGCCAUCAAGGUGGACGGGCUGGUGCCGGGCCUGGGCUGGUGGAACGUCUUCAUACCGUUCUUUGCGGCUGACGGGCUGAGCACCUACUUCACCGCCAUCGUGACGGUGCGGCUGUUCCAGGACGGGGAGAAGCGCCAGGCGGUGCUGCGGCUCUUCUGGAUCCUCACUAUCCUCAGCCUGAAGUUUGUCUUUGAGAUGUUGUUGUGCCAGAAGCUGGUGGAGCAGACCAAGGGGCUGUGGUUCGGACUCAUCAUGUCCCCGGUCUUCAUCCUGCUGCAGCUGCUGAUGAUCAGAGCCUGCCGGGUCAACUAGACGGCCGCCAUGAUGGACGCUCGACACCGCCGCACAUGCAUGUGUAUUUAUUAAAACUUUAUUUAGAAGAGA